UUCCUUCCUUUCUAAAAUAACCAAACCCCAGCAACCAUUGAACAGUUUUCAGAGGACUCGCAUUCCCUUCUGGACUCAGGACCACCUGGGCUCAACAUCAUUUCCUGGGUGAGAGCGAGUUGCGAGUCCUAGUAAGUUGAAGCCAGGACUCUCAGGGUCUUUCAAGAAAGAAUUAGGGCAACCGCUAAAGGCUGAGGACUAGAAUCUUGUUCUUAGUUUCUUUCUGCCCCUGUCUUUGGCACCCUGAUUCUCUUGUCUUGGGCUGGGCCUUCUUCAGCCAUGUUGGCCAUUUCGGUACCCCUCCAAUGCAGCCGCUGGCACCGUCUUCUCGUCGGCCUGAUUUUCUGGGCUGCCUUGCUGCUCCCCAUGGCUCCUGCUUUCCCCCUGCCAAAUUCCAACCCCCUCUUACAGUUUGAUGGGCAGGUCCGGCUUCGCCACCUGUACACGGCGGACGACCAGACGCAUCUCCACCUGGAGAUCAUGCCAGAUGGCGCAGUCCGCGGCUCCAGAUACCAGAACAUAUACAGUUUGAUGGAGAUCAAAGCAGUCAAGCCAGGAAUCAUUCGCAUGCAGGCCAAGAAGACCUCAAGAUUUCUCUGUAUGAAGCCCAAUGGACGCCUCUAUGGCUCGUUAUCGUAUUCUGAGGAGGCAUGCAACUUCCACGAGAAGGUUCUCCGCGACGGCUACAACCUCUACUACUCUGAAAGCUACAAUAUCCCCGUCAGCCUCAGCUCCAUGGGGAACCUGCCUCGGAGUCACCAGCUGCCUCCGUUCUCCCAGUUCCUGCCCUUAGUCAACAAGAUCCCCCUCGAACCCGUGUUUGUGGACUACGACUUCUAUGAACAGGAACUGAACGUUGAGUCGUCCGAUCCCCUCAGCAUGAUGGGCCACAACCCUGGCAUCAUCAGCCCAAGUUACGUCUUCAAAUAACCCGGGACACCCGGAUCCUUGGUAGCUUUCUUGGACAAGUGGGUUUUCUUGCCAUGUAAUUACGACGAUGGAACAAUCCGACAUUUGGGAGAAACAGAGCAGAAGGAGAGCUUAGCAGAUGGCGCUUGGCACCCAGACUCUAAUGAGUGACCUUGUAGUACAUUUUGGGCUCCCGCAACCUAAAGUUGCAUCCCACUCAGGCG